AUGUCGGACAAGAUCAACGAAAUUGGCGGUCCGAGGAUCAGCCAGGAUGAGAACCCCAAGAGUGAACAACAAGCAUUCGAUCCGAUAUUCGAGAAAAAGGUCAUUCGAAAGGUUGACCGAAAUCUUGUCCCGAUCCUCUUCUUGCUCUUCCUUUGCGCGUUCAUAGAUCGAAUCAACAUCGGAAAUGCUCGAAUCCAAGGCUUGGAAGCUGACCUCAACAUGUCGGGCGAAGACUACAACAUCGCGCUAUUCACCUUCUUCAUCCUCUACAUCCUCCUCGAAGUCCCGUGCAACAUCCUACUCAAGAAUAUGCGACCUUCGCUGUUUCUCUCGGCCAUCAUGACAGGUUGGGGUAUCGUCACAAUCUGUCAAGGACUCACUCAAUCAUUCGCUGGACUGAUUGCAUGCCGCGUUAUAAUCGGUGGUCUUGAGGCUGGCUUCUUUCCGGCGUGCGUGUACCUCCUUAGCAUGUACUACUGCCGACACGAGUUGCAGUGGCGUUUCAACCUCUUCUUCUCAGCCAGUAUCGUCGCUGGAGCGUUCAGUGGUCUGUUGGCUUAUGCCAUCGCUCACAUGGACGGGAUUGCUGGCUAUGGUGGUUGGAGAUGGAUCUUCAUCAUCGAAGGCGCCGCUACAGUUGUUAUUGCCAUCUGGAGCUAUUGGAUGGUUCCAGACUGGCCCGAGACUGCUAAAUUUCUCAACGACGAUGAACGAGCGCUGCUUGUUGACCGUCUUGCGGCGGAUAAAAAGGACACUCACAUGAACACAUGGGAUAAGAGAACAGCGAAGAGAAUCUUUUCGGACGUCAAGAUCUACCUCGGUAUCUUGAUGUACAUGGGAAUUGUCACGACCAGCUACUCCGGUUCCUUCUUCACCCCAACUAUCCUCAAACAGCUCGGCUGGACGUCCAUCCGGGCUCAAAUCAUGUCGAUCCCCAUUUUUCUGUUCGCAACCGUGUGUGCGCUUGUUGCCGCUGUCGCUAGCGACAAGACAAAGCAUCGUUCGGGCUUUAUCCUUGGAGGCUGCCUUUUCACGACUGUCGGGUAUGUCAUUCUGCUCAACAUGAUGUCUGUCAGCGUCGGGAUCCGAUACAUGGCGCUCUUCUUCAUUGUCGCUGGUGGGUAUAUCGCCCAGCCAAUCGUCUUGGUCUGGGUGAGCAACAACAUGGCAGGCCAUUAUAAAUUGGGUGUAGCUUCUGCGAUGCAGGUUGGUUUCGGCAAUAUUGGUGGAAUCAUUGCUAGCAAUAUCUUUGUCACAACUCAAGCGCCCACAUACCCACUGGGAUUCGGCUUAGGUCUUGGCCUUGUUUGGCUCUGUGGACUUAGCUCUCUUGUCUUUUUGUUUUAUAUCAGACGAGAGAAUAGGUUAAGAGAUGAGGGUAAAAGGGACCACAGAUACAACUUACCAGAGGAUGAGAAGAACAAUUUGGGGGAUGACCAUCCAAGCUUUCGCUUUACAUAUUAG